AUGCCUAUUGUUGUCAGGAGUCAUCAAAUAUCCCAUAAACACUCAAUAGAGAUACCUUGGACAAGCAACCAAAUAUCCACAGUUCUAAAAGUACUGACAAAAUGUAGAUUAGAUGAGAACCAUAAAAUAUUAAUAGACAUUAGUACAAAACAAUUUAAACAAUUAGUUAAUUCAGUUAAUAAAACUGAAGAACAAAUAUUAGAAUAUUUAGAUUUUGAAUUUAAGAAUAGAUUAUUUUUGCAGCUACCAAUUACUAGCUUGCCAAUUCCGCCAAGUGAAUUAAAUUCACAAAGACUAAAAAUACAAAAUAGAUUUAACAUUAAACAUAAAGAUAUACCCAAAUCUAUUAAACAAGGAUCUGUUAGUGAGAAUACAUUAUCAAAAUCACUUAGUGC